AUGGCUCACGAAAACGUUUGGUACUCCCACCCAAGAAAGUUCGGUAAGGGUUCUCGUCAAUGUCGUAUUUCCGGUUCCCACUCUGGUUUGAUCAGAAAGUACGGUUUGAACAUCGAUCGUCAAUCUUUCAGAGAAAAGGCUAACGACAUUGGUUUCUACAAGUACCGUUAA